CUUGACUUGAGUUCCAUAACUUAAAGAACUUAUGGAUGAAAGUUGUGAAACUUGCAAGUAGAAACCCUAAUCUGAUCAGCCAAAAAGGCAGAGGGGGGCACAAGCCAGAACGCCAGGGCCCAGGACCCUGCUGUCGAGGACUGGCUCGUUUGCAUCAUGGCGGCCAAUGGCCCCCUCGUCUCUGACCCCGGCGCUACCAGCGGGGCGCCCCCAAACUAUCAUGAAGAUUGGUUGAGCUUGCGCAUUCCAAAUGAAGAAAUGAUGUACUUCGAUCUGGAUGCCCCUCCCCGAGCGCUCACAAACGAGCAGCGGCAGCAGAGGGAGCAAAGGAUCACUGAAAGUGAGCUGUACCUGGAUGUGGGCCCUGAAAAGGAGCCUAUUGUGUACCACCCUGGGUACAAUGUCUCCUUUGGCAUCCUCGACCCCCUGCUUGCCAUCCUGCAUCCCUUUGACUCGGUGAAGUAUCGGCGGAUACACGACUUCCUCCUUGCCUGGGGCGUUGUCCACAAGGACCAGAUUGUGCAGCCGAAGGAGGCAACGCAGUCUGACCUCCUUGUGGUGCACACCCCUGCCUAUCUGGCCCGCCUGUGCUGGAGCUACAGGGUGGCGCAGAUCCUGGAGAUCCUGCCUGCGGCCCUCCUGCCCAAGUUCGUGGUCCAAGCGCGCAUCCUGCGGCCUUUCAGAACACAGUCCAGACGGGGGGCUCCGUCCUGGCUGGCAAGCUGGCGGUAG